AAUUCGCCCAGAGAAGCGGGCGGCAACGGCUAGUUAAAUAAAUAAAUAUACCUUUUUCCCGGUUGUAACUAGUUGGUACAUAUUGUAAUUCCUAAUAAAUUUGGUUUUCGUAAACAGGCACGGUGCUCCGUGGUCUAAGUUUAGAUCAAAGGUAUCAAAGUCGCUAACAGCUCCGGAAGUGGCUAGAUCAAGCGUACAAUGCUUGGAUGACGUCGCGUCAGAUUUUGUUAUCAAAAUGGAACACAUGUUGGAUGAAAAUAGAGAACUACCGAAGGAUUAUCUUACUGAGCUUUACAAAUGGGCGCUUGAGUCUGUUGGUGCGUGGGCCUUAGGUACCAGAUUGGGAUGCUUAGACGAACACGAUACUACUGCAAAGGAAAUUAUAAAAAACAUCCACGGGUUCUUUCACAGCGUGCCCGAAUUGGAGCUAUCAGCUCCUUUAUGGAGACUGUACUCUACUGCUGCAUAUAAAACUUAUGUGAACGCUUUAGACUCGUUUCGAAUACUUUGUUUACAACGAUUCACUGACAAAGGAGUCUGCGCACACGUGUCUAAGACUUAUGGCGAAAAGGCAGCAAGCAUAUUAGCAUUGGAUUUGCUUUUGGUUGGAGUUGACACCACCGCUGCUGCCGCGGCAAGUUCUAUUUAUUUGUUAUCAAAAAAUAUCAGAGCUCAAAAACGUCUCCAAAAAGAGUUAGAUGGACAUUUUCCUAGUGGCCGAAGUUUAAUCAGCAAAGAUUUAGAUCAACUACCUUAUUUGCGUGCAUGCCUCAAAGAAGCCCUUAGAAUCAAGCCUGUUAUACUAGGAAACGGAAGAUGCAUUCAGUCUGACACUAUUAUAUCUGGCUAUGAAGUGCCGAAAGGAUCUCACGUUGUGUUCCCGCAUUACAUCAUGUCAAAUGAAGAGCGAUACUUUCCAUCCCCUGACCAUUUUGUACCGGAGAGGUGGUUGAGAGGGACGAACACUCCAAAUGAUACAUUGAAAUGUAUAGAUGACAGUUCAAGACAUGAACAUGAAAUGGCAUUACAUAUUUGUAAGAGACAGAGAGAGAUAGGCAUACAUCCGUUUGCAUCGCUUCCCUUCGGCUACGGGCGGCGAAUGUGUAUCGGAAAAAGGUUUGCUGAAGUCGAACUUCUUCUGCUGUUGGCCAGGGUAUUCAUGAAUUACGACGUAUCAUGGCGACACAACGAGCUUACGUAUAGUGUCACCCCAACGUACGUGCCCAACGAACCACUGCAGUUUCGACUCGAUCGAAGGGUGCCUAGUCAAGCUUCCAGCACCGUGACACUAAAGUGACGGUAGUUAUGAAAUAAACAUAACAUGACCCUCUCAGCGUUCAUGUUGAAGUCUCAUUUAAUAUUGUAAUCAUGUUAGGACGUUUUAUAAAUGCCUAUUAUCUUACCAAAAUUGUCCCAAUAUAAACUGAUUUAUUGAUUUUUUUUACCUUCAUAUAAUAAU